CAAGGGCAGGUUAGAGCUGCAGUCAGUGUGAGGGAGCUAACAGGAGUGCGCGGACUGCAGUGCAAGAAGUAGUAAGAGCAUGUUGAACAGAGUCGGAUAUGUUCGAAGGUGUGCGGCCCGUUUGAAUCCCUUGCUGGGCGUUUUGGCCUCCAGACAGAAGCACACACUUCCAGAUCUGCCUUAUGACUACGGUGCACUAGAACCUCACAUCUCAGCUGAGAUAAUGCAGCUUCAUCACAGCAAGCACCAUGCAACAUAUGUCAACAACCUUAAUGUUGCUGAAGAGAAAUAUCAAGAGGCUCUGGCCAAAGGUGAUGUGACAACACAAGUGGCCCUUCAACCAGCGCUGAAGUUUAAUGGCGGUGGUCACAUCAACCACACCAUCUUCUGGACAAACCUGUCUCCGAAUGGUGGAGGAGAACCACAGGGUGAGUUGAUGGAGGCCAUUAAGCGUGACUUUGGCUCUUUCCAGAGAAUGAAGGAGAUGAUGUCUUCUACCACUGUGGCGGUUCAAGGAUCAGGGUGGGGAUGGCUGGGCUUCGAUAAGGAGAGCGGGAGGCUGAGGAUUGCUGCCUGUGCAAACCAAGAUCCUCUGCAGGGAACCACUGGUCUCGUCCCACUGCUUGGCAUUGAUGUCUGGGAACACGCGUACUAUCUCCAGUACAAAAACGUCAGACCCGACUACGUUAAAGCCAUAUGGAACAUUAUAAAGUGGGAGAAUGUUAACGAGCGCUUUCAAGCUGCCAAGAAGUAAAACCAACACCCUUCUCUCUAAAGAUUCUUCAAAACGCACAAACACCACAUCACGUUAAUAAAUAUCAAAUUCCAUAAUGGUUAGUACAAGAAGAGGUGUGAGUAAACAGCUUUUGUCAAAACCACGGGGUUUGCCAGAAUUUUUCGGACUCUGAAGUCACUACGAUGAUGCAAGUUUGUUUUCACUGGAUGUAAUUAAACCAUUAUUUAAACUAA